CGCCCCCACCCCACCCAGAUCCAGGAAACUAGGAAAGUGUAGCUCGGACUACAACCACUUAGAGAAGCCAACGUUAAAUUCGGGAGGAUCCAGCUCCGGGACCCGUGAGCUCUUUUUGGGGGAUGGGAUGGGACUUCUGGCACACCCGGCCUCCAGACGCGAGGGGGCGCUGUGAGCUCCGGUGGGCUCUUGGAUGCUGGGUGUUUACUGCGCAAGCGCACUCAGGACUUUCUUUUUUUUUUUUUCCUCCUCCAUACCCACGUGGGAAACUUUACGGCCCGGUUUUCGCAAAAAAUGCCCAAAUUCAAGGCGGCCCGCGGGGCCGGGGGUCAGGAAAAGCAUGCGCCGCUGGCCGAGCAGAUCCUGGCUGGGGAGGCGGUGCGGGCAGGAGCCCGAGAAAAACGGCGGGGUCGCGGAACCGGAGACGAAGAGGAAGAGUACGUCGGGCCCCGGCUGACCCGACGGAUUUUGCAGCAAGCGCGGCAACAGCAAGAGGAGCUCGAGGCUGAGCAUGGGAGCGGGGACAGGCCCGCGCCGCCGCGGGAGCGCACCACGCGGCUGGGUCCAGGAGUGCCGCAGGAUGGAUCAGAUGACGAAGAGUGGCCCACCCUGGAGAAGGCUGCCACGAUGGCAGGGCCGGGCUACCAGGCAGAGGUGGUCGUGGACCCCGAGGAUGAGCGUGCCAUUGAGAUGUUCAUGAACAAGAACCCUCCUGCCAGGCGCACCCUGGCUGACAUCAUCAUGGAGAAGUUAACUGAGAAGCAGACAGAAGUCGAAACGGUCAUGUCCGAGGUGUCAGGCUUCCCUGUGCCCCAGCUGGACCCCCGCGUCCUAGAGGUCUACAGAGGGGUUCGGGAGGUAUUGUCUAAGUACCGCAGUGGGAAACUGCCCAAGGCCUUUAAGAUCAUCCCUGCACUCUCCAACUGGGAGCAGAUCCUCUACAUCACAGAGCCUGAGGCCUGGACCGCUGCUGCCAUGUACCAGGCCACGAGGAUUUUCGCCUCUAACCUAAAGGAACGGAUGGCCCAGCGCUUCUAUAACCUGGUUCUGCUCCCCCGGGUACGAGAUGACAUUGCUGAGUACAAACGACUCAACUUCCACCUCUACAUGGCCCUGAAGAAGGCCCUGUUCAAGCCUGGAGCCUGGUUUAAAGGCAUCCUGAUCCCGUUGUGCGAGUCGGGCACCUGUACCCUCCGGGAAGCCAUCAUCGUGGGCAGCAUCAUCACCAAGUGCUCCAUCCCCGUGCUGCAUUCCAGUGCGGCCAUGCUGAAAAUCGCCGAGAUGGAGUACAGCGGGGCCAACAGCAUCUUCCUGCGGCUGCUGCUGGACAAGAAGUAUGCGCUGCCCUACCGAGUGCUGGACGCCCUGGUCUUCCACUUCCUGGGCUUCCGGACGGAGAAGCGGGAGCUGCCCGUGCUGUGGCACCAGUGCCUCCUGACCCUGGUCCAGCGCUACAAGGCCGACCUGGCCGCGGAGCAGAAGGAGGCCCUACUGGAACUGCUCCGGCUGCAGCCCCACCCGCAGCUGUCCCCAGAGAUCAGGCGUGAGUUGCAGAGUGCCGUCCCCCGAGAUGUUGAAGAUGUUCCCGUCACCAUGGAGUGAGGACGCAGCGCUUGUCCGGGUCUGCGGAGCGUGGAAGGACUCCAGGAUCCCUGCUGGUGACUGGAGGUGACUCCGAGCCUUGACAGCUGAAGACCCGGAUCAGGGCCAAGACAGGUCGCGGGCCUCUGACUCCCCAGUUCUCGACAGGGGGCCCUGAGGAGGGCUGGUUCCCUCUUGCGUACUAGGCCUGCAUCCCUGCUCAGUUCUGGGACCUGACUUGAGGUCCCACAGCCAGCAAUCCCAGGUCCCAGCGAGGGUCGGAAUGGGUCCUUCCUCUCCAGCUAUUGUGGCAGGUCGCUGGGAGGUGGAUAAAGACAAAAGGCAGGUGUUUAUUGAA